CGUUCAAGCUCCAACGCCUGCCAAAAAUGAACCAGCUCGUCGUGAUCACCAGAAGUUUGCUGCCGCUACGCCUACAAAUGAUCCACGCUCAUCUGCACCGUUGAGAAGUCUCCGCACGGAGUCUGGACGGGUUACCUAUCCGCUGAUCUAUGUUUCCCCAGCGGGUUCAAUCUCUGUCAUCCUCUCGCAUGCUAUCAUCAUUGAGAUGUCAAUUGAUCGAUGUGUUCGCGUCGUUUGUCAUGACAACUUUGCUGCGUUUGUGAAUGGCCGAGGCACUGCAUCGUGCAUUUUACAUAAGAAAGCUCGAAUGCUUCACACGAGGGAUAUGGUCUACACAAAAUUCUCUUCCACUAAUGAUCGAUUGGCAGUAAUCGGUGAUGAAGGGAUAUUGUUUUCCAUGAGUCAUUUGAAUGAAGCAUAUUUGGUGUCGAGUCACAUUAAAGUUAUAUUUCCAAAUUUUGCAAUAAUUCUCACAGUAGACUAUAAAUGUCGUCCGUUAUCGAAUGAGUAUUCGAUAGUUAUGUAG